AUGUCUGUUCUCACUGGUGCUUUCCGCGUUGCCGCCGUCUCGACGGGCGUGCGCGCAACCAUGAUGAAGCGUGCUGCCAUGCCUGUGGCUAUGCAGGUGCGCAACUACUCGGACCACUCGGAGACCUUUGAGGAGUUCAACGACCGCUACCUCAAGUUCUUUGAGAGCGUCGAGGACCAGUUCGAGGCCCAGCGUGGCCUGAACAACGCCUUUGCGCAGGACCUUGUGCCCUCGCCGGAGGUGAUUGAGGCUGCUCUGCGUGCUGCUCGCCGCGUGAACGACUUCCCGCUCGCUGUGCGCGUGUUUGAGGGUAUCAAGCACAAGGUUAUGAACGAGAACCAGUACAAGCAGUACCUUGAGGUGCUCAAGCCAGUGCGUGAGGAGCUCGGUAUCACGCUCAAGGAGGAGCUCUACUCGGCUUAA